AUGCAGACCAUCCGGCGUAUGGAGCUCAAAUCAGAUCAGCUGUACAAGCAAAAAAUCAUCCGUGGGUUUUGCCAUCUAUACGAUGGUCAGGAAGCUUGUUGUGUUGGCCUGGAGGCAUCCAUUAAUGCCACUGAUCACCUAAUCACAGCCUAUCGAGCUCACGGAUAUACCUAUACCCGCGGGGUGUCAGUGAAAGAGAUCCUGGCUGAGCUGACAGGAAGAAGAGGUGGUUGUGCCAAAGGAAAAGGUGGCUCAAUGCACAUGUAUGCCAAGAACUUCUAUGGAGGGAAUGGCAUUGUGGGAGCUCAGGUCCCUCUUGGGGCAGGGAUAGCAUUGGCCUGUAAAUAUUUUGGAAAGGAUGAAAUCUGUUUGUCCUUAUAUGGUGAUGGAGCUGCUAAUCAGGGUCAGAUUUUUGAGACCUACAACAUGGCAGCUCUUUGGAAAUUGCCAUGUAUCUUCAUAUGUGAAAACAAUAGAUAUGGAAUGGGUACCUCUGUAGAAAGGGCUGCAGCCAGCACAGACUACUACAAGCGUGGAGACUAUAUCCCUGGCCUCAGGAUUGAUGGUAUGGACGUGCUUUGUGUCAGAGAAGCUACUAAGUUUGCUGCAGAUCAUUGCAGAUCUGGAAAGGGACCUAUUCUGAUGGAGCUUCAGACCUAUCGUUACCAUGGACAUAGUAUGAGUGACCCUGGAAUUAGUUACCGUACAAGAGAAGAAAUUCAGGAGGUGAGGAGUAAGAGUGACCCAAUAACUCUUCUAAAGGACAGGAUGUUAAACAACAACUUAUCCAGCGUAGAGGAAUUGAAGGAAAUCGAUGUCGAGGUGCGGAAAGAAAUAGAAGAAGCUGCUCAGUUUGCCACCACCGACCCUGAGCCCCCUCUGGAGGAGUUAGGAUACCAUAUUUAUCAUAAUGAAGCACCGUUUGACGUACGGGGUGCAAACCCCUGGAUCAAAUACAAAUCUGUCAGCUAA